AUGCUUCAUCGGGAUAAUGGUCAUCUGCGGCCGUAUGGGCUCGUCAUGUCGAAGGUUCUUUGUACCCAAUCAGUCAUUCAUACGUAUCUACUCGAGGCUGAGCAAAAAGAUUGUACGCGGAAGAAGGAAACAGCAAAGAAGAACGAAGCUUCGAAGAUGUCAUCGGUCAUCGCAAGCGCGUGCAAAAAACGUUUUAAAAUUCACUGA